AUGCCUCUUUGUGCUGUACCAGGAUGCGCUAACCCCGGUGUACAUUUAUUUCCCAAAGAUCCAACAUUAAAAAAAAAGUGGGAAAAGGCUAUAAGACGCAAAAAUUUUGUAGCGACACAGCAUAGCAGGUUAUGUCGGAAUCAUUUCCAAGAAUCUGAUUAUGUAGGAGAAUCAGCCUACACAGGACAUCCUCAAAUAUGCAAGUUUCUGAAAAAGGGAACUGUACCAAGUAUAUUCCCUUGGUCCACCCAGGUGUCAACAACACCUACAUCAAGAACCAGUCGUUAUAUGAAAAGAAGCAGACGCAUACUUGAUUUUAUACAACCAUCUGUAGAAGAAAGUGUUCCAGAACCGUCUUCUAGUGCUGAAAUUGAAAUAUCUACUAUAGAGGGCCCCAUAGAAGAUUUUACGCCAAAAACAGUGUCUGUUAGCACUCAAUGUGGUAGUUCUUUUGGAAUCUUAUCACUAGAGGCCAUGAGAGGCAAUCCACAGGCUAUUCAUUUUUAUACUGGGCUAGAAAAAUAUGAAAAAUUUAUGUUGGUGUUAGACACAUUAAGUCCCAUGUGUAAUAAUUUAAAUUACAGGGGAAGUAAAGUUAUCAAUGUUUGUAUCGGUGACCAACUGUUGAUAACACUAAUAAAGCUUAGAAGGUAUAUGCCAGAUUUUGAGUUGGCAUUUUUAUUUGGUAUUUCCCAAACUACUGUUGCUAACAUUUUUGUAACAUGGAUUAAUUUUAUGUAUGAAAUAUGGUCUUUAAUUAAUAUUUGGCCAAGUAAAGAAUUGGUUCAAUAUUAUAUGCCAGAGUCGUUUAAAAGGGGUUUUCCAAAUACUAGGAUUAUUGUGGACACAACUGAAAUACCCAUCACACGGCCUGGGAAUCCAGUAGCACAGCAGGUGACCUUCAGCAGUUACAAACAUCAAAACACUGUGAAGGCUAUGAUUGGAGCAACACCUGGAGGUCUUAUAUCAUAUGUCUCUGAAUGUUAUGGAGGUUCAGUCAGUGAUAGACAGAUUAUAGAAAGAUCCAAACUAAUAAAUAUGUGUGACAGUGGGGAUUCUAUUAUGGCAGACAGAGGCUUUAAUGUGCAGGACAUUUUUGCAUCAAGAGACAUUACUAUUAAUAUACCAAUGUUUUUGAAAGGAAAAACACAAUUACCAGGUGUUAGAAUAAUUCAGGACAGAAAACUAGCAAGCAAACGAGUUCAUAUAGAACGUAUUAUAGGUCUAGCUAAAUCAUAUAAGAUUUUAAAAAGUGAAUUGAGCCCUUAUUAUGUACCACUAGCAUCUAGAAUUUUAUUUGUUUGUGCUAUGGCUUGUAAUUUUAGAGAAAGUAUCAUGAAAUAA